AUGAUCCCAAGCAAGGACGUCGACGUCGAAAAGCGGCCGUCCGGCUCGCCGCCCCGGGGCCGUGCGGGUAAAGACGAAGAAGACAAGAGCGCCCACGUCCAUGCCCAUGUCCACGACGACGAGGACGACGAUGACGACCACCGCGAUGACGGUGGCAACGAUGCUCAACUGCACCCCGAGCGGACCCUAUCCAACGUCGACGCCCCCGUAGUGCCGCCCCCUAUCCUCGAUGACCACGGCGACGGCACCGAAGUCGAGUUCAAGCCGCCGGGAGGCCCCCUCCGGGCCUGGAUGCAAGUCUUCGCCGCCCAUCUCAUCAACACCAUGACCUGGGGCUACGCCGGCACGUUCGGCGUGUACCAGCUGCACUACACCCAAAGCCUCGGCCUGCCCGCCGCGCAGGUCUCCUGGAUCGGCUCCGUCCAGGUCUUCCUGACGUUUGCCGUGUGCGCCCCGUCCGGCCGGCUCGUCGACGCCGGGUACGCGCGCGAGGCGGCCAUCGUGGGCUGCUCCCUCGCCGUGCUGGGCACCUUCAUGACGAGCCUCGCCACGGCGUACUGGCAGAUCUUCCUCGCCCAGGGCAUCUGCACGGGGCUCGGGCUCGGUAUCGCCUUCAUGCCUGCCCUGUCCGUCACGAGCUCCUACUUUCGCAAGAACCGCGCCUUUGCGCUGUCCGUGUCCACGGCCGGCACAUCAGUCGGGAGCGUCAUCUUCCCGGCGACGGUCCAGUACCUUACUCCGAAGGUCGGCUUCCCUUGGGCGGUCCGCUGUGCGGCCUUCAUCGCCCUCGUCAACUCUGUCGCGGCCUGCCUCAUGCUCCGGCCGUAUCUGCCCCCGCGCAAGGCCGGUCCGUGGGUUGAGUGGACGGCUUUUAGGGAACUGCCGUACAUGCUCUUCGCCCUCGGCUCGUUUCUCAACUUCUACGCCAUCUACACCGGACUGUUCUUUAUCAAUAGCUUCGCCCGCAACGUCAUUGGAUUCUCGACGACCGAUUCAGUCAGCCUCCUGCUCAUCACCAACGCGCUCGGCAUCCCCACACGGCCCGUCGCCGGCUACCUCGCCAGCAACCACUUCGGCCCCAUCAACACCUACUCCGUCGCGACCUUCUUCGUCGGCGUCGGCUUCUUCAGCUGGAUCGGCGUGACGACGCGUGCCGGCAUGUACGUCUUUUGCGUCUUCUGGGGCAUAGUCAUAGCCGCCAACCAAGGCGUCUUCGUGGGGGCCCUCGCGAGCCUGACCAAAGAUCCGCGCAAGAUGGGGACGCGGUUUGGCAUGAUAGAAACGCUCAGCUCCUUUGCGACUGUCGCCGGGCCGCCCACGGCGGGCGCACUCAUCGAUCGGGCGGGAGGUUCCCAUCUCUCGGCGCAGAUUUGGGCGGGGGUCUUCAUGACUGCCGGGGCGACCAUCUUUAUGUCCUCGCGCAUUGCCGCGACCGGAUGGAAAUGGAGGGCCAAGAUUUGA